AUGGCCCGGUCUUUACCAGCGCUUUCCUGUAUCCUGGAAGUGGAGCGGAAAUUUCGAUCGCUCGCGGUGCAGGAAUUGACCGCACACCAAGGAAGCCCUUCUUUCCGAAGCGUACGUUCUCUCGGACAGCGAACCCUACAUGACGUGUACUAUGACCAAUCGAGUCUCUUGUCUUCUGCGGGUGUCUGGGUCAGGCAACGGAAUGGACAGUGGGAGGCAAAGAUCAAAAUGGGCGGCGACUUCACGAACUCCAAAUUUGAGGAAAUUACUGGCCAUCGCGACAUCUCUCGAUGCGUUAAAGAAAUAAUCGGCGGCAAAUGCAUAGAAGAGGGGCGGCAAUUUGGACUGGUACAGACAGCAGCGUUCGUCACUACAAGAAAAGCUUGGAUAGCGGAUGAUGAGUUUCAAAUUGUACUGGAUACUACAGAUUUUGGCCAUACUGUUGGCGAAGUGGAACUUCAACAGCAGGUAAGCCUUACGAGGGAGAGGGAGAUGUGUCUUGAGCAAGAGAGGCAGAGAAUUUUGCAAAAGAUGGACGAUAGAAUUGCAGCAUUUAUGACACACUACGCGUGGGCAUUUUGUCCUGGAGCGCCGAAAGGGAAAUUGACAGCCUAUUUUGAGCGCGAGACCUACCAAUCCAUGAGCGAAUCGACCCGAAGGCCAAGUAAACCAUGA